CCGUCUGAGGGAGAAUGUUGGCCACUGUUUUGAAAUUCGCGCGUUUUCGUAUUUCAACGAUCAAAACCCUCCCAAGUCCCAGUAACCCUAGAGAAACCUCACACAGACUCUCUCUUUUGCUCACUCUCACACAUGCAGGUCUUAGACAUGAGAACUCUGCGAAUCUUCUACACCCACAAGCACCUCUUCAAUCUAGCCGUUCCCAAAUCCCUCUCAAUUCCUCGAUUCUCCCGCUACCUCCACUCCACUUUCCCCCUCCGCUGCGCCGAACCUUCCGAAACCACCCCUCACGUUUGGAGUAUUUACGGUCGCGCCCCGGAUAGGCUUCCCAGCCAGACGGUGAGUAGCAGUAGCGACGGGAAUGAGGGUGCGAAGAGGCCGAAUGAUAGGAAUAGGAAGAAAGGGAAGGGCAAAGUUAGCUGGGUCUGCGCCGAGUGCGGGAACUCGGACGGCCAGUGGUGGGGCUCGUGCCGCGCGUGCAACGCUGUCGGCACGAUGACGCGGUUUUCCGAAGGGAAUUCGUUGGUCUCGGUCUCGGAGGCUGCGUCGGGGUCGUGGCUCCCGCAGCAGGCCGGAGAGCUGCGGCCGUUGCGGUUGACGGAUGUGAACCGAGGGAUCAAUCGGCUGGAUUGGCGAAUUUCUCUGUAUGGACCCUUCGGGGCUGAAGUUUCUAGGGUGCUCGGCGGUGGUCUUGUACCAGGUUCUUUGGUUUUAGUUGGUGGCGAUCCUGGUGUUGGCAAGAGUACACUGUUAUUGCAGAUUGCUGCAUUAAUAGCUGAAGGGAAUGAUCUUGGUCGUCCAGCACCCGUUGUGUAUGUUUCUGGUGAAGAGAGUGUUGAGCAAAUUGGAAACAGAGCAGACCGGUUGAGGAUUGGAGCAGAAGAACUUUUCUUAUAUUCUAGUACUGAUGUUGAGGACAUUUUAGCCAAACUUCAGCCUCUCUCCCCUCGGGUUCUAAUUGUUGAUUCAAUUCAAACAGUUUAUUUAAAAGGAGUGAUUGGAAGUGCUGGAGGCAUCUCACAGGUGAAGGAAUGCACAUCAGCCUUGCUACAUUUUGCAAAGAAGACUAAUAUCCCCGUUCUUUUGAUUGGACAUGUGACAAAAUCGGGAGAAAUAGCAGGGCCUCGUGUCUUGGAGCACAUUGUCGAUGUUGUUUUAUAUAUGGAAGGGGAGAAGUGUUCAUCUCAUCGUUUGCUUCGAGCUGCGAAGAAUCGUUUCGGAUCCACUGAUGAGCUUGGAGUAUUGGAAAUGUCACAAUCAGGGCUGCAAGCUGUUUCAAACCCCAGUGAGAUGUUUUUAAGUGAGCAAUGCACAGAUUCAGAAUAUUUAGCCGGACUAGCUGUUGCUGUAAUUAUGGAUGGAUCUCGAGCUUUCCUUAUUGAAAUUCAGGCAUUAUGUGCAUCCGGGUCAACGGCUACAAGGCAAGUUAAUGGCAUUCAAGCAAGCAGAGCUGACAUGAUUAUUGCUGUUCUGAUGAAGCAAGCUGGUCUAAAGAUUCAAGAGAAUGCUAUCUUUUUAAAUGUGGUUAGUGGGGUGACUCUGACAGAGACUGCUGGGGAUCUUGCAGUAGCGGCAGCAAUUUGCAGCAGUUUCUUGGAGUUUCCUAUUCCCAACAGUAUUGCAUUCAUUGGUGAAGUUGGCCUUGGUGGUGAGCUUCGCACGGUACCUAGAAUCGAGAAAAGAGUAGGCACAGUGGCAAAACUGGGGUACAAACAAUGUAUUGUUCCAAAAUCAGCUGAGAAAUCUUUAGGAUCUCAAGUUUUUGAGGGAAUGGAAGUCCUAGGCUGCAGGAAUCUGAAAGAGGUAAUCAACAAUGUGUUCAGGUCGCACUGAAAUGAAGCUGGUUAUCAAUCAGUAUAUGUCAGGUAUGAAAAGGUUAGACAUGAAAAAUAUUGAAAUAACGUUACAACAAUGGCAUGAAGAUGUUGGAUAUAGUGUACAUUUUCUGGCCCUUUUCCUGAUCCCUAAUGAAUUAUUUUGGGUUUCCUUCA